UCAGAUUAAUGGAGCAAAGAUUGGCGGUGUAGAAAACUAGAAUUACAGGCAGUGAAGUUAGAAGAACCACAGCGUUGAAAGCUCCACGUUGACUCUCUGUUUCUCUCUCUCUCAAUAAAACUCCCAGUUAAAGUCUGAAUCUAGCAAGUCAAUAGAACCUCGAAACCGAACAAAGGGUUUGACAUUUUCGGGCUUCAAAUUGCGUGAGCUUCACUUCGAUUGGUUUUUUUAGCAUAAAAAUCUGCUCAAAAAACCCACACCAAAGAUUUCCAUUUUUGUCCUUGGACUGCAAAAAAUUUUUGGUGGAUAAAGAGUGUUGCGCUGAGGAAGGGCGCUUAGGAUGACAGCUCCAAAAGCGGCUGAGAUGGCCAUUGGGUCCAUUGGAUGUGGGUAUGAUAUCGCAACGGGUCUUAGGCUGAAGUACUGUAAAGGGAAUUCAAAAGAUUCGUGUCUUAUUGAGAUUGAUGAAGAUAGAAUCCAUGAGAUUGUUUUGCCUGGUGGAAUUUCAAUACCCAACGUGUCCAAAUCAAUUAAAUGCUAUAAAGGGGAGCGCACACGAUUCAAGUCGGAUCUCCUCUCCUUCGGACAGAUGUCAGAGCAGUUCAACCAAGAAAUAUCUUUGACUGGAAAUAUACCUUCAGGCCUCUUCAAUUCCAUGUUUGAGUUCUCUGGUUGUUGGCAAAAAGAUGCUGCCAAUGCCAAGACGCUUGCUUUUGAUGGGGUGUUCAUCACCCUCUACUCAGUUGCACUGGAGAAAUCUCAGAUGGUGCUACGAGAUCAUGUCAAGAAAGCAGUCCCAUCUUUUUGGGAACCUGCAGCAUUGGCAAGGUUUAUUGAGACUUAUGGCACCCAUAUUACUGUUGGUGUGAAGAUGGGAGGGAAGGAUGUUAUUUACAUGAAACAGCAGCAUUCCUCAAAUCUUCAACCUGCUGAAAUCCAGAAAAGAUUGAAGGAUGUGGCUGAUAAGAGGUUUUUAGAUGCCAAUGUACAUUCUAGCAUGGCAGCUGAGCAAGUUUUCCAGAGUGACAAGGAUAUUAUAAGCAUUUACAAAAGGAGAGGUGGAAGUGAUAAUAGAAACCUAUCUCAUAAUGACUGGUUACAAACAGUUCAGUCAGAGCCUGAUGUGAUCUCAAUGUCCUUUAUCCCAAUUGCUUCUCUAUUGAAUGGAGUCCCGGGUAGUGGAUUUCUGAGCCAUGUCAUAAAUCUGUAUUUGCGAUAUAAACCACCAAUUGAAGAACUCCACCAGUUUUUGGAGUUUCAGCUUCCAAGGCAGUGGGCACCAGUUUUUAGUGAACUUCCUCUUGGUCCACAACGAAAGCAACAAAGCACUGCAUCUUUGCAAUUCAGCUUCAUGGGGCCUAAGCUUUUUGUGAACACUACAACGGUUGAUGCGGGUAAAAGGCCAGUGACUGGCCUCCGACUUUAUCUACAAGGGAAUAGGAAAAACCGCUUAUCCAUCCACUUGCAGCACCUUUCCUCCCUCCCAAAAAUCUUCCAACUUGCAGAUGAUCCAAAUGGGAACUUCUGCCAAAAGUCUCAUGAUCAUAAAUACUACGAGAGAGUUUAUUGGAAGAACUACUCUCACGUAUGUGUUGCUCCUGUUGAGUCUGUGGGGGAUCUUUCCAUAGUAACUGGAGCCCAAUUGCAGGUUGAGAAUCAUGGUUCUAAAGAUAUUCUCUUCUUACGGCUACGCUUCUCAACUGUCUUGGGAGCUAUGGUUGCUAAGCAUCCAGAAUGGGAUGGAUCACCUGGGUUGGCACCCAAGGCAGGACUCUUAUCCAUAUUAAGCAGUUCUCUCGUCUCAGACAUAUCAUUUAAGGAGCCACCUCCAAGGCUAGCUGAUGUAAGUAUAAACUCUGCUAUUUAUCCUGGAGGCCCACCUGAGCCUGUACAAGGCCCCAAGCUUUUGAAAUUUGUUGAUACAACAGAGAUGACAAGAGGGCCGGAAGAAAUUCCUGGAUAUUGGGUCGUUUCUGGGGCAAGGUUAGUUGUUGAGCAGGGAAAGAUCUCUCUCCAGGUUAAGUAUUCUUUAUUGACUGUAAUAAUGCCUGAUGAAGAAGCAAUAGAGGAGCACUAGCCGAUUUCUGUCACCACAUAUUUAGCUUUCCUGUUUCUCUUUGCCCAGCAUGGAAACAAAUAUAAGUAGGAAACAGUUGCUGAAGAUCAGAGAAUCCAACAAAAGAGAGAGAAAGGAGUAGGAAUGGUUUACACUGAGGGGAUAGGUUUGGGUGUGUUGGUGGUGGCUGGCUGGCUGGCUGUUUCAUUGUAUUCAUUACACAUUUUUUCUUGCAAUAUAAUUUCUUUUUUCUUUGUUUCUAAUAUGCAAUGAGCUUUUUGGUUAUAAGGUAUCCCCUGCUCUGUUUGAUGCUCUAUUUGCAAGGGCUUGUUUUCUUUGUAUGUAAUAUGCUUUUCAUAUGAUAGCUGUAUACACAACAAAUAGCUGUAUGCUUUACAUUGAUUAACUCAGCUCUUCAAAACAUAAUCAGGUUACAUCAACA